UCGCCGCCGGCGGCGGGCGCAUAAAAACGCCGGCUGGCCGGGCACAGUCAGUCACAGCCUGUUCUGUUCUCUCCGCGCCCGGAGUGUCUCUUCAGCACGCCAGCAUGGUUUCAGCUCGGACUCUGUGUGUCCUCGUCCUGGUGGCCAUGGUGGUCGUGAGUGAAGCAGCUCCGCAGUUCGGCCGCGGUCGUCGCUUCAAUAAUCGCCGGUUCCGCCCCAACAGGCGCUUCCAGCGACCCAACCGCUUUAAUAACUUCGUGCGCCCGAACCGCUUCCUCAACUUCAAUGGCUUCAAUAACAACGGCUUCAACAACGGCGGUUCCUCCAAUGCGCAGGCCAACGCCAACGUUCUGCAGGGCACGCAGGGUAACAGCCAAAUCACGCAAGUGUCGGCCAACGUGCAGACCCAGCAGCAGAAUAACCCGAACGGCGUUUCUCUCGUGGGAGGCGUGGCGUUGGCCAGCAACCUGCAACUCAACAGUCCGUUCGGCAACAUCAACCUGUCCAACGCCAACGCGCAGACCAUCAACCAGGGGCAGAACCUGGGCGGGUUCUUUCGGCGAGGUUAGGGCGCCGCCCGGCUUUCGGAGAUUGCCUGUGAUGUGCGCUGUGGGGCGGUUCGUGGUGUCCGCGUAAAGAACGGGUGCUGCCGCGAUGUGCAAGAGGCAUUGUGAGAGGCUAGAUGACGCAGUCAUGAGUACAAAGUGGUGCCGCUGAUUCACGUUUAGGAUUGAGUGUGACUGCUGUUCCUGUGUCGCUCCUCUGCCUUUGUCUUUGUUCGUUGGUCCGCCCGCUGCGAAGUUUAGAAUCGUUCCCCUGCUGCUGACUGCGCUCGUUUGGCGUUUAUUUAAUGAAUGGAUGCCUCUUUUCCUCCUGUUACGCAACAGUACACCAGUUUGCGGCAUUUGAUAGGUAGUUGGCUAUGAAGUUAGACGCAAUAAACACACAUCGAACUGAG